AUGGCGACCUUCUCGGAGAAGGUGGUUGAGCAGAAGGGUGAUGUCGAGCGAAGGGUCUCCAUCACCGCGUCAAUCGUCGGCGGCCAAGCUGAAGCAGCAGCGGCCAACGAAGCUGAACGCUCAAGAGGUCUCAUCGAGUCCUUGAAACUCUACCCCAAGGCAGCAGCAUGGUCGGUCCUCCUCUCCACGGCCAUCAUUAUGGAGGGCUUCGACAAGACUCUCAUCAACGGUCUUCUCGCUGUCCCUCAAUUCCAGCGCGCCUUCGGUGAACAACUUGCCGACGGUUCUUGGGAGAUCACCUCCGCUUGGCAAGCUGGUCUCACCAAUGGUGCCUUGGUCGGUGAGAUUUUGGGUCUCGGACUCAAUGGUAUCCUUGCCGACCGCUACGGAUACAGGAAGACCAUGAUCGGCGCGCUCAUCCUGACGGCGCUUCUGAUUUUCAUCGUUUUCUUCGUUCAGAGCCUACCACAACUCUUGGUCGGCCUUGUCUUUAUGGGAGUGCCGUGGGGUGUCUUCCAGACUCUCACUACCACCUACGCCGGUGAGGUCUGUCCUACCGGUCUGCGCCCCUACCUGACAACAUACGUCAACCUUUGCUGGGUUAUUGGCCAGUUCAUUGGAUCUGGAGUUCUCAAGGCUGUUGCAGAGCGCACAGACGAAUGGGCAUAUCGCAUUCCUUACGCUCUGCAGUGGGUCUGGCCGGUGCCUCUCAUCAUCGGCAUCUAUCUUGCUCCCGAGUCGCCCUGGUGGCUCGUUCGCAAGGAUCGAUACGACGAGGCCAAGGCCUCCCUGAUCCGCCUCACCUCCCGCAACACUCCGGACUUCAAUCCCGACCAUACUGUCGCCUCUAUUAAACAGGUUAAUGACUUCGAGGUGGCCGUCAGCGCAGGCACUUCAUACCUGGACUGUUUCAAGGGUACCAACCUUCGACGAACUGAAAUCGCAUGCGGAGUAUGGCUUGUUCAGACUGUCUGCGGUUCUACGUUCAUGGGAUACUCGACGUACUUCUACCGCCAGGCCGGUCUCGACGUCAGCCACGCUUUCACGCUCUCGCUGUGCCAGUAUGCCCUGGGCGCCAUUGGAGUUUUCGUCGCUUGGUUUUUGAUGCCACACUUCGGACGUCGUAGCCUAUACGUGAUCGGCCAGGCUCUGCUCUUCGGACUCCUUCUCAUCAUCGGCUUUUGCGGCAUUGCAAGCGACACCAACAGCGCAGCACAGUGGGCUAUCGGCUCUAUGCUCCUGCUGUUCACCUUCACCUAUAACUGCAGCGUCGGACCAAUCUGCUAUGCUUUGGUCGCUGAGAUGCCUUCCACCCGUCUUCGCCAAAAGACUGUGGUAUUGGCCCGUACUGCCUACCAAAUCGGCGGCCUCAUCAACAACAUCCUCACCACAAGACAACUCAACCCUGGUGCAUGGAACUGGGGACCUUUCUCCGCCUUCUUCUGGGCAGGCACUGGAGCUAUGAUGCUCAUCUGGUCUUACUUCCGUCUUCCAGAGCCCAAGGGACGCACAUAUGGUGAACUCGAUGUUCUCUUCGAGAUGCGCGUCUCCGCGAGGAAGUUCAAGAGCACCAUCGUCAACACUGAUGAGCACAUGGCUGCUGUUGUGGACGAGAAGCUCCCUGCAGAUGAGUACGUUGAGGUCAAGGUUUAA